AUGACCAAAGCUGCAACUGCCUCCGCACAACAUAUGAUGACAGACUCUCGGGACAACAAAUGUGCCAGACAAAACCCGCAUCUCUCUGACAUGUCCGAAUCGGACGAGGAAGGCCUGAGCUCCACCAAGAAACCCACCCUUGCAGUGAACCCUGCCCCCCAACCCACCCCCCAGCCCAUUGCCCAACCAACUGCCCAACCUCCCCCCCAACUCACCUUACAUGUGCAACAACUAGAUCUAACAUCUCUACCGUCAGUCAACGGUGUGCUAACCCUCAACAACGGCCUCAGGCUGACCGCCCCUCCGACAGGCGGCUUCCUGACUCCCCAGUUAGGGCAAUUGGUCUGGCGCAACGUUGCCCUCGCGCUUCGAGACAAGUGGCCCCAGAAGGAAGGACCCAAGGCCUGGGCACGUACCUUUAGAGCCCAAUAUGAGGAGAAUGCGCAGAUGACCAACAUCAAAAUGCGCAACCUCAUCGCUCUUAUCAUUGGAGAAGCAGCGGCAUCUUCCCUUCUAAUCAGUACCCCAUCCGCAGAGGGAGAAUUGUUUGAACGCCUCCAGCCCCCUUACAACUUCCUCAUCUCGGGCGUCCCCCAAAGCGCUAUCACAAGGCUGACAGGGCUUGGUGUCUGCUCCUCUCCAGACAUCACCUGUUUCUUUAUACCCUACAACCAGCCCCUGCCAAAAUACAUCUGCACACUCGAGUGCUUCACCUUCCCCGACUGCGAAGGAAGUAACUCUGGCAUCGCGGCCCUAGUGAAACAAACAAUCCGCAUGCACCCCAAUAUAUCCCACUUCAUUCACCAACACAUACCCUCGCCAGACGCCGAAGCAGCCAUUAAAGCCAUCGACUCAAUCCGAGUCACAAGUCUCAGCAUUGCGGUCUCGCGCAACUUAUCUCACACUGUCUGGAACAUUUACGUGGACUCCCCUCCCAACCUAUCGCUCAAAGACUACUUUGAGUGGUCAAACCUCAUCCGAGACCUCCAGUUCACUUCAGAAGAUUAUGGGACUGGCCUAGUCUGUUCUGAGGACCGCCAGUUCCUAUGCACAGGCUGCAAGUCAUAUGAUCACCCUACGGGCCUCUGCCCGUUCCCGAAGAUUUUGGGGUGGUUCAGCCCCGCAACGAGCACUAAUGAUGACACGUCUAACGUCUCCUUAGAUAACAGAGCGCACACCUCUCAAAAUUCCAGAGGUAACCCUAACCGGGGAGGAAGAGGACUAGUAGGCAGAGGCCGAGGCCGCGGAAAGAGAGGUCGAGGCCAGUACUAA